AAUAUAUACUUGAUGAAAGUAUAAUCUGGCCGUUCUUGUAAAAUCGAAGGAACAGAGCUUGAAUUUCAAGUUCUCGAGACAGAAGAAGUUGAGAGGGUGGUGGGACCUUGAUUUGAUUUAAAAGGACAACCAUGACAUAACCUCCCAUUCCUUGAUCUUGGCUUUCGGGGGGAGUGGUGGACUGUGGAAACAACAAACGCGCGCUCACCAAACAACACAAACACGCAGAGACAGACAUACAUCGGCUUGGGAACUCUUUGGAAAGUUGAUACUAAGUCGAACAUUUGGUGUGCGAAGCCAUUCCCAUUAUGGAAAACCAACAGCAACGCCAGCCUUUGAUGAGAUCCAGGUUCAAACGUGUAUGCGUCUUCUGCGGGAGCAGCCCUGGCAAGAAACCCAGCUACCAGAUUGCAGCAAAUCAGCUUGGGAAGGAACUGGUCGAAAGGAGCAUCGACUUGGUUUACGGGGGAGGCAGCAUUGGUUUAAUGGGUCUCGUUUCUCAAGCUGUUUACGACGGCGGUCGCCACGUAAUUGGAGUAAUUCCGAAGACUCUCAAGGAGGUAACCGGAACCACUGUUGGAGAAGUGAGAGCUGUCUCCGGUAUGCACCAAAGAAAAGCAGAAAUGGCUCGCCAAGCUGACGCUUUCAUUGCCCUCCCAGGGGGCUAUGGAACCUUAGAAGAACUCCUUGAAGUGAUCACCUGGGCUCAGUUAGGAAUCCAUGAUAAGCCGGUGGGCUUGUUGAACGUUGACGGCUACUACAACUCGCUCUUAUCUUUCAUUGACAAGGCCGUGGACGAAGGCUUCGUUGCACCCGCAGCGCGACACAUUAUUGUAUCUGCGCAGACUGCCCAUGAACUUAUGUGCAAGCUUGAGGUAUAUGUACCUAAACACUGUGGGGUCGCAUCUAAGCUAAGCUGGGAGAUGGAGCAACAGUUAGGAUACCCAAGCAAGUCAGACAUCGCUCGUUGACCGGAUUGUACAUGCUUGUUGCUUUGGAUUAACGACCGUAUAUCAUAUAAUCAUACGUAGAUCUCUACAGGAAAACCGUAUAGAUGCGGUGAUGUCCCCCCAUAUACAAAAGCCACAGGCCUUUUAAUUCACUGUGGAAUGUGGAUCGAUUAGCUGCUUCUCAACUCUCAACUCUAAUGCUGUACCCGUCUCUACGUGUAUAUUAUAUAUUGCUUUUCUCCUUUAUUGUUAUUUAUUAUUAAUUUUUAAUUUUGGCUGUGUAGAUCAGAGCUGGAAAAACAGGGAUAGUCAGUGUUUUUGGUUAUGGUGAUUGUUAGUAGUUUGGUUUGUGGUGUCGGUGGUUA